AGACAUAUUUUAUGAUUUUACCUACAGGAAUAUUACAAAUAUCAAGAUGGAUAUACAACAGAGGAGGGGGACAGUAUUUGUCGAGAGCAUCAACACAGAAAUUUCAAGUCGGUUCUUAAUAAAAUAAAGGGCCGAUGUGAUGCAAAGCUGUCCGAACUUAAGAAGGCUGGAUACAAUGACGAAGAAAUACCUUGGGACUUGUGCAAGCCUCAUUAUUUCUCUGACGAGGUAUGGCUAUCUGUUUUGAAAUAUUGGAAUUUGGAUGACAUCAAGAAAAGGUCAAAAAAUGCAAAGGAAGCACGGAAACAGCUUGAAUGCUACUCGCGCACGGGGGCAUUGUCGUAUGAUGCUAGACGUGAGAAAAUUAAUAAAGAUAGAGCUGCGAAAGGCUUGCCACCACUAACAAAUUUGGAGUUUGUGGAUUAUGUAUAUAAUCCUGAAGAACCAGCGGUGAAACAACCGAAGGAGAAAAUGAUUGAGGCCGAGUCUUCUUUGCCUGCAUUGCCUGAAGGUGAAAAAAUUUCUGAAGAAAUGCAGCAAAAGCGAGAUCUGUUGGUGUUGAUCAAGGCAAAACCUCCGAGGAAAGGGAAACUAAAUCUGUUUCCGCGACAGAGCAUGUCAGAGCUUGUCGGAAGAGCUGAGGCUGCACAAUAUGCUGAAGGACAGCGCGAGCCCGUCAAUGAGGUUUCAGAUCAAAUUUACGGGAUGAUGUUCGAAAUGUUGGGCAAUUUGCAGCUGAUGGUAUGUGCGUUGCCUACACGUGAGGUCACACAAGCCGUACUGGAUGAGGAACUGAGCAAAUUAGCCACUGCAGCUUUUCCAAACCAAGCCCAGGAGUUAUAUCGGACUCACUACAUCCGGGCAGCUAGGGGAAUGGUUCGCAAACUCCUCAUGGAUAAUGACAAGGUCAUUGUAGAGGCAGAGCCAGUGGGGAAGGAAGUUCCUCUGCCAGAGCCAGUAGGGAAGGGUAAGGGGAUUGAUAUGGCAGAGCCUACGGCGAGCGAAGAAGGGGAAUUUGAUGUGAAUGCCUAUUUAUACCUUUUAUCCUAGUAUAGGCAACUGAAGAAUGAGGUAGUUUCCUCGGAUUUGAUAAUCUUAAAUAUUUAACUUAUAUUUUGGUGAAUGGCAGUGAUGAAAAUCACUUAUAUUUUGGUAAAUGGCAGUGAUGAAAUUAUCACUUAUAUUUUGUUGUCUACUUGUACUUCGGAUAAUGGAUUGAUAUGCAUGCCAGUGUGCCUCUUAACUCUUGUAUGUUAAAUUUGGUUUAAGAAUAUUUGGAUGUUGGUAAUAUAGUUUGUUGGUAAAUUUGCGUUUUGUU